GAGUCGCGAGCCUUGCUUGCUUGGAGUGCAGCCGACCGGAGCGCAGCGCAGCGCCAGAGGAAAGUGCGAGAGUCGUCGUACGAACGCUCGCCCGUCCGCCCGCUCGCUCGAGCGUUUAUGGAGGUCGACGCGCCGAUCUUGGUCCACAGAAGCGCUCGCGAGAGCCUGUGACAGAAUUGCCGUCCUCCCCGUCCUCCCCCUCCAGCCCAGCCCGGAGUGCCGGCUGGUGUUUCACUGCCCGGGCUCCGCGUGGAGGUCGUCGGAGGAGCAAGGAGCUGGAGCAUGGAUCUGCGGCCAUCAGGGAGCAGCAAGACGAGUUCUGCUUCGGCCUCGGGCUGUUUCAAGAAGGCCGGGGUCUGUCGGUGAUCGGUGCAUCAGCGAGGCGAAGCACGAGCGGGCGUAGAAUUAGUGCGAGGGAAGUCCGAGGGCAACGUUUGGAGGCUUUCUGUACGGGAGCAAUUACGCCAUUUCUGUACGGAAUCAACUACGUCUUUGUGUAUCGACCUUCCUUCGCCCUCCGUACGGGAGCAAUUACGCCCGGCGACCCACUGCUCUCCUGCCUGUUAGAUUUUUGUCUUACCUCCAGCCCGUCCGAGGCCCUGUCGUCGUAGAUUUCUGUCUCCAUGCCGAAGGCUUCGAGGGAGAGCGGAUCGGAGCACCGGUCGCGUCGCGAUCCGGAAUCCAGAGGAAGAGCCUCAAUGGCUCCCUUGAGAGUAGCUCCGCCUCUGGAGGAAUUGUGUGUCAGAAGUGCUAUCGACAACCUGGAUUUCAUCGGAGAUGUCGGGCACACUGAUGCCAACCUUCUCAAGAUCAUUUUGCCCCAUUGUACAGCUGAGCAGCUGCAAAAGAUUGAAGAUACAACCAAGGGCAGAGACCUGAGUCCAAUUACGAAUGAGCUAUGGCUCAGGCAUUAUUCUCGUAAAUUUGGAGAUGAAAACUUGAAGACGGUCAUGGACAGAAUGAAGAAGACCAACAAAUUCUUUAAGUGGAAAGCUUUGUAUCAGGCUAAACUACGGGAGCAAGACGAUGUGGAGAAGAAGUGUGUUGAACGCCUCAGAGAAUUGUACAAGGAGUCUUCAGAAAAGAAAGACAGUCGCAAACUACAGCAGAUUGAACUCAUGCCUCCUCCAACUAAGAAGAGGAACUUUGGGUCUACAGGAGGAGGUGGAUCCUCUGGUCGCUUUGGUGGUGGAGGAUCAUCCUCUCGGUUUGGGAAAGCUUCUGACCCAGCACCCAAAGGUCGAUUGAUGAAGAAGGCAAGAAUGGAGUAUGCUGCCAGCAAUGAAGCGAAAAGGCUUCAACAAGUUCGAAAGAAUCCACCCGGUCGGAGAUAAAGCUCUUGCUUCGAGAGAUGGGCUGAACGACAUCGACCAUUGUUCCAUGUUGCAAGAAUUGUUGGCGAUUUCUCUCUUGCAGCCUUGAUACUUGCUGCGUAGUUUUCUUUCGGAACUUACAUACAGAUUUCCCUGUUGUGCAAUCAUUUAUUGCAUGCACUUGAGGAGAGGACUGUCUGUGGUUGUAUGAAAUCCAGCAGGUGGCCUCGGCGUAAGCUUCUUUGUAGGUAAAACACGUGCAGCGAUGUUCUUAAGUAGCCUCAUGCAGCCUUAUUCACCUUUGUACAGUUAGUUUAGUAGGUCCUAGAUGGCAAUUUUCCCAACGUGGUUCAAUCUACUUACUUUGACGCAUCCGACAUUAAAGGGUUGCUGUUCCCAUGCCACGAUUUGUUCCGCACUCAAUAUUUUGGAGAUGGAGGUGGUCAGACAUUCUGACAGCUGCAAACUUGAUUUGAGGGAAUGUUUUGUUAGAUAGGUAGUUAUUCCUGUAUGAUUCAGGGGCAAGUUUCAUGGCGUUAGGAGAUACUGCCAUGCACCUCUCUGCACAUCAUGUCUUUUAGUUCUGCAAGUCAUAAGCAGGUGUAAACUUAUAAUAGAAAGCUGUAGGAAACCUAGUCAAUCAUUUUAGCUAUCAGGGUUUGAAUAUUGCACCGGAAGGAUGUGAUGAGUAGGUUCCAGUGCAGUUUAUUGCCCGAGACUGUCGAAGAAUUUUGUACUCGAAUGGUGAUUGCAUGGUACGGGAUCUGCCACGUCGCAGCAUAUCCAAACAAGUGCUCCAACCCACGACAGUAGCCGAGUAACCGAAUAUGAUCACGAAUUUGAGGUAAAGGGUACACGAUAAAAGAAAUCGAAGGACUGAACAAUCUGCUCUCUAUAUGCUGGGAAUCGUUUAGGAUUUAGAUUCUAAACCGUGGACUCUGCAUCUUAAGGAUCACAUUAAACCAUUACAAAACCUGAUGGAGUGCGAAUGCACACAGUGUCUUGGAGAUCUGCACUCACGAUCUGUGCAUUGUUUGGCUCGUGCACUGAGUAAUGAGCGCCACAUCUUCUCUGCAGCUGCUGAUUUGUGUGGAUGCUUUCAUAUGAGCAAAUACAGUAGUGCGGGCGGGCGUUCAUCAUGUGUCAUCCACGUCUACUUUGUCCAGCUUGGAGGUUUUCGACGUUUUGAUGGGUGACCUGAUCAAGGAUGUGAGUUAUUACGGCCGUGCUUGCCUCCCUCACUAGAUUGGUUGUGGCAAGUGACACUCAUACAGUAGCCAUUAACCUGGCAAAUAGUAGUACUGUAGUAGAACCUGUUUCAAGAGUUUCGUGCACAUCGGAUGUAGAGCAUAGUUUUGCCUACAGGUUCGACUCCUGAGACGAAUCCAUGUUUCUGUAUCGGGUUUAAGUUGCCUGUUGUGUGGGUAGGAAACGAGGUAAUACGCUCAUCCUUGAAUCUAACGAUGAUUGCGUCAGUUGUGGCAUAUUGUGGCCAGAAAGCAAUUCUGGCAGCCACUUCGCAGAGCAGCUGCCUGUAGCCCCGUACAUAAGCCUCGGCAGGUAACUUUGUGCUGAUUCUGUAAUGUGCUAUCGGCGCUGGAAAGUUUUUAUCUCAUUUGUUGUCCCUGUGCGUUGACAUUCACUUCGAAACGUUUGCUCGUUGGCAACUGGAUGCGUCCCCGUUGAUAUCUUUGUUGCGGACGAGCAAGUCCGAUCUUAGUCUACUAAUAGUACCAGAGGGAUGUCAGGAAUUACGCUGUAGGUUUGUCAAUGACGAAGUGGUCGAGAAAGGACAAUUUGUGGCAGCUGCAAACGACUUUGCUCCUGCUAUUUUUCAUCGUCAUGUUGGGCGAUGAAUAAAACGAUGAAGUUGUCUUAUCUGGACAGCUAAGACAACUUCAUGGUUUUAUUUGCGGGCCUCUUGACGGACUAGAUCAUACUGCAUUUUUUUCCCUCGACUGUUCAGACUGCCUUAAAGAUAAGGUCAGGCUCUGUUCAGAAUGCACGCCGACUGUGGCGGGAAGAGUCUGACAUAUAUCAUCGUACAUCAGUGAACUGUUCUUCACAUAUCCAGGAAUCAAAGACGG